AUGGCACAAGACUCAACUGACAUUAAAGAAACCAUUGGGGCUCUUGACGAUUAUGUUCUUCUAGGACGUAGUGGUUUGCGGAUUUCUCCUCUGUGUCUUGGAGCAUUGACUUUUGGCGAAAAAUUUGGAUUAGGUUCGAAUUAUGAGGAAUCUAAGAAGGUUUUCGACUAUUAUUAUGAAAAAGGCGGAAAUUUCUUCGAUACCGCUAACGCAUAUAAUUUUGGCGAGAGUGAAGAAUUCCUUGGAGAAUAUAUUGCUGAUAAACGUUCUCAAGUUGUAAUCGCUACAAAAUAUACUGAAAAUCCUACUGCUUUAAUGCCAACUGUCAGAUUUAACCCGAAUGCUG